GGAUGCGGCGGGGUAGAUGGAGGAGGAGGAGGAGGUGAAAGGCUGGAAGGCGGAGAACAGAGUGAACGGGUCGGGAAGAGGGGGAAGGAUGCGGAUAACGAUGGCGUGUCGGCCCCGCGUUGCUUCUUGAUGCCAUUUGCGGUGAUUUGACGCGGAGAUGCGCGGAGAAAUCGACGCGGGCCUGCGGCUUGUCGAUGCACGAAGCGCGCGGGGGGAGCCUGUAAUUUCACUCGUCGUAUCAAAUUAUCCGUGACACCGAGGGUUUCCUGGCGUUAUUGAGAGCCACUUGGUUUCUGCUGUAAGCUGUACUUUUGUAUUCAGUACUUUUGUCAUAUAUUGUAGCGUAACAGCGCGUUGCGAUUUACACCAAGAAUUCAAAAAGUGACCUCGUUUCGUUCUGUCCGUCUUCAGCCGUCAUGGGUUCAGUAAUCAUUUUAGCAUCCUCGCCACCUGAUGUCCUCUCCCGCGCCGCUGCGGUCUGGCUGUCAAAGUGAAGGAAACGGCAAAGCAAACACACCAAACGAUAACGGUUAUUGUCAUUCAGCAUGGAGGCGUCGAGCCUGCAGCUCCGCUGGCUGACCACGGGGUUUUUCAUAUGGACGGCUUUAGGCUUGCUCAGCAGCGGUCAAUCCGCCCCCGGUUCCCCGGGCCCGGCUCCAGCCAUCCGCAUGCCACUGCGGCAAGGCGCCCCCGGCCAGCCGCCCUCCGCCGCUUCUUCCCCGGACCGCCACCCCGUGCGGCGGCGGAGAGGAGCGGCCGCGGGCCGGGUCAGCUUCGUGGACAUGAUCGAUAACCUGCGUGGGAAGUCCGGACAGGGAUACUACGUGGAGAUGGCCGUGGGCUCUCCUCCGCAGAAGCUGAAUAUCCUGGUGGACACAGGAAGCAGUAACUUCGCUGUGGGGGCAGCCGCACACCCGUUCCUGCGCAGAUACUACCAUCGUUCGCUCUCCAGUUCAUAUCGCGACCUGGGCAGAAGUGUUUACGUUCCUUAUACUCAGGGUCGCUGGGAGGGAGAACUGGGUACCGACCUGGUCUCCGUCCCACACGGUCCCAACGCCACACUGCGCGCCAACAUCGCCGCCAUCACCCAGUCAGACCGCUUCUUCAUCAAUGGAUCCAACUGGGAGGGAAUCCUGGGACUUGCCUACGCUGAUAUUGCCAGGCCCGACGAAACUCUGGAGCCUUUCUUCGACUCCUUGGUUCGACAGACUGCCGUCCCCGACCUCUUCUCCCUUCAGCUCUGCGGUGCCGGCUUCACCCAGAAUUACUCCCUCGGCAGCGCGACAGUUGGCGGCAGCAUGAUCAUCGGUGGUGUGGACCAUUCGCUGUAUGUUGGGGAGCUCUGGUACACGCCCAUCCGCAGGGAGUGGUAUUACGAGGUCAUCAUCGUCCGCAUUGAAGUAAACGGACAAGACCUCAACAUGGACUGCAAAGAGUACAACUACGAUAAGAGUAUUGUGGACAGUGGAACCACCAACCUCCGGCUACCCAGGAAGGUUUUCCAGGCUGCAGUCAAGGCCAUCGAGGCUGCUUCUUCGACCGAGCAGUUCCCCUCUGGGUUCUGGCUCGGGGAGCAGUUGGUGUGCUGGCAGGCCGGGACGACUCCUUGGCACAUCUUCCCAGUCAUCUCCCUUUACCUGAUGAGUGAAAACCGUAACCAGUCUUUCAGGAUCUCCAUUCUCCCACAGCAAUACCUGCGGCCAGUGGAGGAUGUUGCCUCUGCCCAGGAGGACUGCUAUAAGUUUGCUGUGUCUCAGUCCAGCACGGGUACAGUGAUGGGGGCCGUCAUCAUGGAGGGCUUCUACGUGGUGUUCGACCGCGAGAAGAAACGCAUCGGGUUCGCAGUGAGCACCUGUCACGUGCACGAUGAGUUCCGCACAGCCUCCGUGGAGGGUCCGUUCCACGGCGUCGACCUGGAGGACUGCGGCUAUAACAUCCCCCAGACGGACGAGUCCACACUCAUGACCAUCGCCUACAUCAUGGCGGGAAUCUGCGCGCUCUUUAUGCUGCCGCUGUGUCUCAUGGUGUGCCAGUGGCGCUUCGCCCGCUGCCUCCACCCGCACGGGGACUUCGCCGAUGACAUAUCGCUCUUGAAGUGAAUCCCUGGAAACGUCUCAGACACAUCGAGAGAAUCGCGUGAAACGCCACAAAAACAGGGGAUUAGGAUUUCAAUGAAACCAUGAAGUGUUGGUGCUGUUAAAGGGCAGCUUCAGGAGGGCUCGUUGGGAAUAAGAAAAAAAAAGGAUAGAAAGAUCAGGCAAACAGCCAAAACACAGCAAGUCUUGCUGCCCUCAAAUUGUGAGGAUAAAAAGAGCCAUCUAAGAGAAAGGUGUCAUCAGCAUCAACUUUGCCUGUUUAAGCUAUCUAUGCAGAUCAGUAAGAGCCAGAAGAACAGAGGACACACACAACUCCUCUUUGUUAUAAAUAGUGUAUAAAAUAAGCCACCAAGACGGAGAAGAUUUGGAAAUAGGAAGGAUUGUUCCACUUUUACACAAGAAGACUCAUAGAUGUUGGAAAGAGCAAAGAGGUAAACCAAUGCUUAAAUAAAUCGGAAUGCAAAGUGGGGAUCCAUCACAUGGAUGGUGACGUUUUGCCGGUUUGUGAUCAUAUGAACGUGUGGUCACAUGUGUGUCCGUGUGUUCAAAGAUCCUUUGUUUGUGGCUUUUAUGAAUGAAUGAAACAAGUUGGAUAUGUGUGAGCAUGCCUGUAUUUGUUCACAGCCGUACUGUCCAGUGAAGAGUA